CUUCAAAAGUCAGAAGUGAAAGCAUCUCUAGCUUAUAUAGUAUUCUAUCUCCUACCAGCUUAGCCGAAGCAUCAAAUCACCACCAUUAAAUUAAAACCAAAUUAAUCAAUCAAAGGGAAGGAAAUAGUGGAUGAAAAUGGUGAUCAGGAGUGGACUGCAGCUCAAUGUAACUGCACUUGUUAACCAGUUUUCGGGUCCAACCGGAAAGGUAAGGCAAGUUGAGGUAUGUAUGUACUGCGCAUUAGCCCUAAUUUCCGGCCUUGUAAUUUUCGGUUCUUUCAGACGUCGUACAAACAGUGGAUUUCUUAGUGGCUCCAUAACCGGAGCUUUUGUCUUGUCUUUCAACUUGAUUACCUUCACCAUUGGUCAAAUGCUCCCAACCUCUAUUAACAAUGUUUUUUAUCCUAUAUGGGCUGUUUACUUGGUUUUACUCUAUGGAAACCCUGAUAGUAUCACUGCAUAUAGUCUUGAAGAUAAUGAACAAUGGAGGAGGUCAUCUUUGACUUAUGUUAUCCAAAUGGGUUGGAUGGGUUGGGUGGUUGGCUCACAUGUUCAUGUUGAAUAUGUUGCACUCGGAGUGUUAACUUUUAUCAUGAUAUUUGUUUGUGCAUGGAAAAUAGCAGAAAGAACCGAUGCUCUUGCAUUUGCCAGCAAGAGCGGUGUGAUAAAAGGAACCAAACUUAUCGCGGAUUUCAUGAGGUACGAGCACGAAUUAGGUGAAUUACCCGCGGAUCCGGUCCAUAUGAGAGGUUACCAUUAUCUUGUGACCGGUGAGAACGCAAAAUUUGUGACUACUAGCUCCCUACAAGAUAUUGAAAGAUUAAACAUCACGCGUGAUGAAGUGAUUACAAUUGAGAAGGUUUGGAGUUGCAAUAGGAAACUUCUGAGCGCAGAUGGAGAUCCAGAUUCAAAGAUGAAGGAUAUAUGUCUCUCUUUUGCUUUGUACAAGCUUCUUUGUUGCCAUUUUGCUGGUUUUCCUUUUUCCCAAUCCUCACUUGACAAGCAAUGGGAAUUGAUUCGAGACGGGCUUCUCCAAAAUGUUGAAAACUAUGAGAGACCUUUUCGGGUAGUUGAAACUGAACUUGGAUUCUUAUACGAUCAUUUCUACACGAAGUAUGCUCUAUUCUUCAGAAAGCCAUUGAAUAAGUUAUAUCGAUUUGGCUGGAUUGUUGCUUCAAGUUAUCUUAUCCAACAUUUAUUUCUAACCCAGUAUGAAGAUUCAUAUGACUCACAGUUUUCUGAAGCUGCUGGAAAUCGCAAAGUAAAACAUAAGCUGGAUGAUUAUGUGCUUGCCACUAAUAUAAUUAUGCAAGUUGUGGUAGCCUUAGAGGUUUUACAGCUCAUUUUAUUCAUCAUCUCAAAUUGGGGAAAGCUAUUGUUUUUAUGCAAAUACGUGGAGAAAAAAUCAUGGAGGGAUAACGUGUUGUACGAGCAAGUUGUGAGAGUUCUAUGUAGCAUUCCAUGUCGAAAUCGUUGGGGAAGGCAACUCGGCCAAUAUUCCUUCUUCGACUCAUUUCAUCGAAGGCCUCCAAGGUUGAUGUAUAAUUACAUCACUAGAGAUCUUUUUGAUAAUCCUGGAAAAGGGUAUGGAGGAUGUACUUUUGUGAAGUUGCCUCCUGAUCUCCAGGUGGCAGUUCUUGUUUGGAUUAAGAGAAAUGGGCGUCGGUUUGCAAAAGGUAUUGAAUCAUUGAAUGCAAAUGGGGUGAAAAGCGAGGAGUUGUUUUUGGCUUGCAAGUACAAUACAACCACUCAAGUAAUAAUGGUAUGGCACUUAGCCACCCGUCUUUGCGAGAUCCAACAUAGAAGACCAUCGAAAGAGAAAAGCAUCGCCAUGAUAUUGUCAAAAUAUUGUGCCUACUUGGUUGUGUUUUCUCCACGAUUAUUACCGGAUCAUUCAUAUGUUACUGAAUGCACAUUUAAGAAGACCGUCAAAGAAGCAGAAAAGCUUCUGAAAGGCUAUUACAAGUCUACUGAGAGAAAGUAUAGUAGAAUUAGGGCUUUGGCUGAUGUAUUAACGCCUUUACAAAACAUGUCUACCAUAGAAGCUAGUGCCAGGGUUUCCAAAUUGUUGGUAGAAGAAGUUGGAGAUGACGUAGAUAGGAUGUGGAGAAUGUUGGCAGAUUUCUGGACUGAGAUGUUGUUGUUCAUUGCUCCUUCAGAUGAUCUUUCAGCUCAUGCUGAACAUUUGGCUCAAGGAGGAGAGUUUAUCACACACUUGUGGACUUUGCUUUUUCAUGCUGGUAUUGUCAAGAGAGAUCAUAUUGAUGAUGUGUGUAUAUAGUCUAAUUUUCACGAUUAGAGCAAUAUUCAAUCAUCUGCAAUAGUAGUGCUG